AUGUCGGUCAAGCGAGUGUUGGUAAUUGCUGGAUCUGAUAGCUCAGGUGGCGCGGGCCUCGAGGCUGAUCAGAGGGUUCUCGCAGCCCAUGGCUGCUAUGCUCUCACGGCCACAACGGGACUGACGGCUCAAAACACCCUGGGCGUUCAGGACAUCUUUGUUGUACCAUCAGAGUUCGUGCGGAAGCAAAUCAACGCUGGUCUUGAGGAUGUUGGUGCAGAUGUGGUAAAACUGGGCAUGCUCUCGUCUGCCGAGACCAUUGAUGUCAUCGCAGAGACAUUGCAGACUCACAAGGUCCCGGUUGUUGUACUUGACCCGGUUAUGGUCUCCACCAGUGGAUCUCAAUUGCUACCAGAAAAGGCAGUUAAGGAAGUACGGACAAAGCUACUUCCCCUCACAGCAAUAUUGACACCAAACAUCCCCGAGGCUCAACUUUUGCUGAAGGAUGCCGGGGCAGAAGCCCCCGAGCCAACGAACCUUGACGAAAUGAUCGAACUUGCCAAGAAAAUCUGCUCUUUGGGCCCUCGAGCGGUAUUGCUCAAGGGUGGACACCUUCCUCUGUCGAAAGACCACAAAAUUUGCCAAAACACAAAGGAUGCAACUACCGUUGUGGACAUCCUCUUUGAUGGAGAGAACACUACCUUGUUCGAGACCGAGUUCUUGGUAUCCAAAAACACACAUGGCACAGGCUGCUCACUUGCUUCUGCAAUUGCCGCAAACCUGGCCUCCGGACAGGACAUGAUCAGAUCCGUUCGCAGUGCCGUGCGGUUUGUCGAGAUAGGCAUCAAGACAAGCACCGAUCUGGGCAAGGGGAGUGGACCAAUCAAUCAUUUCCACUCUACCUACACCAUGCCCUUUGCGCCUGGCCGAUUCAUCGAGUACACGUUGGACCGUCCAGAUGUGCAACGAGCGUGGCAGGACUUCACCCACCAUGACUUUGUCAAGGGGAUGGGCCGGGGUAACUUGCCUCUUGAGCGCUUCAAGGCGUACCUAGUGCAAGAUUAUCUCUACCUGGUCCAAUUUGCUCGAAGCAAUGCGUUGGCAUCAUACAAAGCCAAGACUAUGGAUUCGAUCGCGGCGUCCGCCCAGAUUGUGCUUCACAUCCAGCGGGAAAUGGCAUUGCAUAUUGACUACUGUGCUUCCUUUGGACUUUCUAAACAGGAGAUGGAAGACACUCCUGAGACUAUCGCUUGUACGGCAUACAGUCGAUACAUCCUGGACAUCGGUCAAUCUGAAGAUUGGCUAGCGCUUCAAAUGGCGCUCGCUCCAUGCUUGAUUGGAUACGGUGCCAUUGCCAAACGAUUGCAUGCAGAUGACGGGACCUUACGCCAGGGCAAUCAGUAUUGGAAAUGGAUUGAGAACUAUGUUGCAGAUGAUUAUACAGAGGCUGUGCAGUUGGGCUCAGCAUUGUUGGAGAAACAUAUGCAGUUAGUGUCUCCUAGCCGCAUGGAGGAACUGAUCAAGAUCUUUAUCCGUGCUACAGAGUUGGAGAUUCGAUUCUGGGAUAUGGGACUGGAAGGGAGCGGUAGAUAA